CAGAACCCCCUUUUCAGGCCGCGCCACCCGGGAGGCGGAUCCCCGGUUCCGGAGAAGGAUUCCUCCGCCCUCCUUCCCUCCCUCCUUCUCCCGCGGGCCACCCGAGCGGCCUGCGAGGAGGAGGAGAAGGAGGAGGUCGUCGGGAGCCGCGGCGGCGGCGGGCGGGGACCGCGCUCCCCCUUCCCCGGCGGCGGCGGCGGCGGCGGCGGCGGGGGGCAGGACAAUGGAGGUGGCUGUGGAGAAGGCGGCGACGGCGCCCGCGGCGGCUUCGGCGGCAGCCGCCGGGGGACCCUCGGCAGCGCCGAGCGGAGAGAACGAGGCCGAGAGUCGGCAGGGCCCGGACUCGGAGCGCGGAGGCGAGGCGGCCCGGCUCAACCUGUUGGACACUUGCGCCGUGUGCCACCAGAACAUCCAGAGCCGCGCGCCCAAGCUGCUGCCCUGCCUGCACUCCUUCUGCCAGCGCUGCCUGCCCGCGCCGCAGCGCUUCCUCAUGCUGCCGGCGCCCGUGCUGGGCUCGGCCGAGACCCCGCCGCUGCUCCCCGGCCCCGGCUCCCCGGUCGGCGGCUCCUCGCCGUUCGCCACCCAAGUUGGAGUCAUUCGAUGUCCAGUUUGUAGCCAAGAAUGUGCAGAGCGACACAUCAUAGAUAAUUUUUUUGUGAAGGAUACUACUGAGGUUCCCAGUAGUACAGUAGAAAAAUCUAAUCAGGUGUGUACAAGCUGUGAGGACAAUGCAGAAGCUAAUGGGUUUUGUGUAGAGUGUGUUGAAUGGCUCUGUAAGACAUGCAUCAGAGCUCAUCAAAGGGUGAAGUUCACAAAAGACCAUACUGUGAGGCAGAAAGAGGAAGUAUCUCCAGAAGCAGUUGGUGUGACCAGUCAGCGACCAGUAUUUUGUCCCUUUCAUAAGAAGGAGCAGCUAAAGCUUUAUUGUGAAACAUGCGACAAACUGACAUGUCGGGAUUGCCAGUUAUUAGAACAUAAAGAGCAUAGAUAUCAAUUUAUAGAAGAAGCUUUUCAGAAUCAGAAAGUGAUUAUAGAUACACUAAUCACCAAAUUGAUGGAAAAAACAAAGUACAUCAAAUUCACAGGAAAUCAGAUCCAGAACAGGAUAAUUGAAGUAAAUCAAAAUCAAAAGCAAGUGGAACAAGAUAUUAAAGUUGCUAUUUUUACAUUGAUGGUAGAAAUAAAUAAAAAAGGAAAAGCUCUACUGCAUCAGCUUGAGAGCCUGGCGAAGGACCAUCGCAUAAAACUUAUGCAACAACAACAGGAAGUGGCUGGACUUUCUAAACAGUUGGAACAUGUCAUGCAUUUUUCUAAAUGGGCAGUUUCCAGUGGCAGCAGUACAGCACUACUUUAUAGCAAGCGACUGAUUACAUACCGGUUACGGCAUCUCCUUCGAGCAAGGUGUGAUGCUUCCCCAGUGACCAACAAUAUCAUCCAAUUUCACUGUGAUCCUGGUUUCUGGGCUCAAAAUAUUAUCAAUUUAGAUCCCUUAUCUGUGAAGAGGAAUUUAACAAUAUACAUAGACCUGCUGUCACAGUGCUUAACAACCAGUUCUUUAGUAAUUGAAGAUAAAGAGAGUCAACCACAAAUGCCUAAGCAGAAUCCUGUCAUGGAACAGAAUUCACAGCCACAAGGUGGUUUAUCUUCAAACCAGUUAUCCAAGUUUCCAACACAGAUCAGCCUAGCUCAGUUACGACUCCAGCAUAUGCAGCAACAGGUAAUGGCUCAGAGGCAACAGGUGCAACGGAGGCCAGCACCUAUGGGUUUACCAAGCCCUAGAAUGCAGGGGCCCAUCCAGCAACCUUCCAUCUCUCAUCAGCAACCCCCUCCGCGUUUGAUAAAUUUUCAGAAUCACAGCCCCAAACCCAGUGGACCAGUUCUCCCUCCUCAUUCUCAACAGCUGAGAUAUCCACCAACCCAGAAUAUGCCACGGCAAGCAAUAAAGCCCAAUCCCUUACAGAUGGCUUUCUUGGCUCAACAAGCGAUAAAGCAGUGGCAGAUUUGCAGUGGACAGGCCCCCCCAUCAACUGCCAAUAGCACAUCCUCUACUCCUUCUAGUCCCACCAUUACUAGUGCAGCAGGAUAUGAUGGAAAGACUUUUAGUUCACCUAUGAUUGAUUUGAGCUCACCAGUGGGAGGUUCCUAUAAUCUUCCUUCUCUGCCAGAUAUUGACUGUUCAAGUACUAUUAUGCUGGACAAUAUUGUGAGGAAGGAUACUAGUAUAGAUCAUGGCCAGCCAAGACCACCCUCAAACAGGACUGUCCAGUCACCAAAUUCAUCAGUGCCAUCUCCAGGUCUUGCAGGACCUGUUACUAUGACUAGUGUACACCCACCAAUACGUUCACCUAGUGCCUCGAGCGUUGGGAGUCGAGGAAGCUCUGGCUCUUCUAGCAAACCAGCAGGAGCUGACUCUACACACAAAGUCCCAGUGGUCAUGUUGGAGCCAAUCCGAAUAAAACAAGAAAAUGGUGGACCACCGGAAAAUUAUGAUUUUCCCGUUGUGAUAGUGAAACAAGAAUCAGAUGAAGAAACUAGGCCUCAAAAUACUAACUAUCCAAGAAGCAUACUGACCUCCCUGCUCCUAAAUAGUAGUCAGACCUCUUCUUCUGAGGAGUCUGUGCUCAGGUCAGAUGCCCCUGAUAGCACAGGAGAUCAACCUGGACUUCACCAGGAAAAUUCCUCAAAUGGAAAGUCUGCGUGGCUGGAUGCCUCCCAAAAGUCACCUCUUCAUGUUGGAGACACAAGGAAAGAAGAUGACCCCAAUGAGGACUGGUGUGCAGUUUGUCAGAAUGGAGGGGAACUCCUGUGCUGUGAGAAGUGUCCCAAAGUAUUUCAUCUUUCUUGUCAUGUGCCCACAUUGGCAAAUUUUCCAAGUGGAGAGUGGAUUUGCACUUUCUGCCGAGACUUAUCCAAACCAGAAGUUGAAUAUGAUUGUGAUGCUCCCAGUCACAACUCAGAAAAAAAGAAAACUGAAAGUCUUGGUAAAUUAACACCAAUAGAUAGAAGGAAGUGUGAACGCCUACUUUUAUUUCUAUAUUGCCAUGAAAUGAGCCUGGCUUUUCAAGAUCCAGUUCCUCUAACUGUGCCUGAUUAUUACAAAAUAAUUAAAAAUCCAAUGGACUUGUCAACUAUCAAGAAAAGACUACAAGAAGAGUAUUACAUGUAUACAAAGCCUGAGGAUUUUGUAGCUGACUUUAGAUUAAUCUUUCAAAACUGUGCUGAAUUCAAUGAGCCUGAUUCAGAAGUAGCCAGUGCUGGUAUAAAGCUUGAAAGCUAUUUUGAAGAACUUCUAAAGAACCUUUAUCCAGAAAAACGGUUUCCUAAACUUGAAUUCAGGAAUGAAUCAGAAGAUAAUAAAUUUAGUGAUGACUCAGAUGAUGACUUUGUACAGCCCCGGAAGAAACGCCUCAAAAGUGUAGAGGAUCGCCAGUUGCUUAAAUAAACAGCAGUAUUGGCAUGUGCUGGUUUUUCGCUUUUUUUUUUUUUUCAAAAAUUACUUUGUAAAUAAUUUAACAUCAUUACAAAGAAGAGUUUGGGACAACGCUGACCUAUAAUUUUUUGAUGUUUACUAGAUUUUGAUUUUCUUAACCCAUUUUUUUAACCUUCUGAUUAAUAAAGUAAGUAAAAAGGGGAGGGAAGGAGAGAGAAAGAAGAAAGAAGCACCAACAACAAAAUAAGACAUUGUUCCUACUUGCUGGAUUUCAAAACUGUAAUCUGGGAUGAUAACUACUAUAGAAAGGAAAUAGAAUUUGUAUGAAUUCUAAGUUGAAAUUUUAAUGUGGUCUGGAUGUGUGCAUUAAUCCAUUUUUAGAAAAUACCACUACUAAGUAAUUGUGGCCCAACCAUGAGUUAGGUGUACUGUCCUUAAGAAUAGCUGGGCCACAGUGAAUUAACAUGGAUGGUAAUAAGAGUUCUAUCGUAGGAUGCCUACUGGUGCAACAAAGAUUAGAUUAGACACUAUUAAGAAGGCACCUAAUAGUCAUGUAAGAUGGCAAUUGUAUUAAAGAAAAAAUGGGAAAACAAGUGUUUUUUUAUUUAUUUUUUCUUGUCUGUAGAGAUGUUUAGCAGAUUUUCAAGGCCAUUUUCGUACAUUUCUUAAUUGAACUUCUUCCACUGAGGAAGUAAGUGAACACAUUUGGUUUUACUGUAUGUCUAUGUGUGGUUUUGUUGCUUGUUUUAACUGUGCAGGUGAUCCUUAUAUAAAGACUCACUGUUUGCAGUAUGGUUUUUAGUGGAACACCUGAAAUAUGAAAUACAAUUGUGUGCAGUAUUUGAUGUGAGGAUUUAAAAAAAUAUACCCUGAAAGGGACUCGUUUUUGUCAUUUUCAUCUCUCUUUAUAAUUUGAAAUGAAAAUGUAUUGUGGAAUUUGGGAACAGGAAAUUGGAGAGAAUUAUAGUGAAAUUUUAAUUUUUUUCUGACACAUCCAUUUCCUAUUUUUAUGAGCCAGACCCUCAAAUUGAUUCUUUGAUCUCAGUUAAUUCUGAAUUUCCUUUGUAUCCUUCCAAUGGAGAUACAAAAGAUACCUUCUGAAGGCAAGCGUAUUCCUUAAUGGGCCAGACCUAGCUAGUUUAACUGAUAUUCAUUUAUUCUUUAUUGGUCAGUGUCAAGGAAGGAAACUAGAGUAAGAUAGUGCCCCUUGCUAAUUUAACAUUUGACAAAAUAUUUACACAUGAAUUAUUUUUAGUUUGCCAAAGUAAACCUUUAUUUAUAAAACACUAAUUGCUGGAGGACAUUAUUCUCUUUAGGCUGAUGGAAUAAAAAUAUGGCUGGCUUGAAAGAAUGUUACUUUUUGGAAGGUAUCAUCUUCCAUGAAUUAAACCUAGAGGACUUGAUUUUAUCAUUGUAGCAUUGCUUCUUAAAAUGGACAAUUUGAAAAUAUUCUGUGGCUAAUUGAUUGGGUUUUCAGACAUUGAUAAAGAUAAAAUAUGAGAAAAUAA